CGGAUUUACUUGUGGAAAGGUAUGUUUACCUGAACCGAGGACAAUUUAUGGCUAUGGGAUACUUCCUGUCCUGCAGGUACUUGCUGGCUGGUGUCAGUACCCUUUGUACAUAUCCGACUUGGGCACUGAUUGGGUAAUACUUACAAUGGCAGAAGGAUUAUCAGAGAUAUGACAGUUAUACACUGAAUAAUAGAACGGUUAAUGAUAUAAUCACUGCAACGCUUAUGCUGUUUGGAUAAAAUACAUGUUUACUCUUGACUCCGGGGACGAAUUUCCGAACUGUCUUGCAAGGUAUCCUUAGUGGCUGACUCAUUCAGGGUCAUCCUCAACCACCAUGAGAAGGUCAUCCAAGGUCGCUAAUGGCCCCGGCCAAACGGACAUGGUCAGUGGGCUUGGAGGGUCGACCUUCCUCCCGAAAACAGGCCGCAAGAUCCUCACAGAGGAAGAACAGCUUCAGCGCGACAUCAAGUUCCACCCAGAACUCCAAUCAGCACUUGAAGGAUUCGACGUGUUCCUCAAACUCCUUGACGCUAAGAAGAGGGACAAGGGGCAACUGGUUGAAUCCUUGCGAGCGAACAUUAGUAAAGCAUUUGAGACGUAUACAUCCGACAGUAUACGUGGCAUCCUGGGGAACUAUCUGGCAGUUAAAGGGUUCGCGAAACGCAUGUAUGAUCUGUAUGAAUUUGCCAUUGGUACGAUUGAUAUCCUCACGUCCGAUUUCAUCCACAAGCAUCAGAACGCUAUCGAGGUGAAGCUGGUGAUGGAGAUGAGGAAGAGCCUGUGGACAGCCACAGACAACAGUUGGUCUCUUGGGGAGAAGGUUUCCCAGUCAGGACUGUUCAAGUACCUCCUCGCCGACGUGAAAGCCAUCGGGAAGACCCUUCCAAUCAUAUCGGAUGAUGAUAUUAUCUUUGACACCGCUGUUGGCAUCAUGUACAACUGUGCCCAGAACCACGUGACCAGACAGAAGUAUAGAGAGCUUAAUGCAGUUGACACACUCCUGCCGUUCCUUAAAGCAAAGUCCACAAAGGUGAAACUCACGACCCUGUUGGUUUUAACCCACAUCGUGGACGAGGCCAAGAACAAAGUCCUUUCAGCAGACGUCACUGUGUUCGACUUCCUCAUCGACAUGAUCAAGAAGGCGUGGGAGGACGUCCACCACCGCUGUGUUCAAGGGACCACCUUCUUCAGCGCCAGGGAACUUCUAAACAGCCUGACAGCCUUGGCCAAGAAUGACGACAACAAGCGACUGUUGAUGGAAAAGGGAGUUUUGAAAACCCUGAAAACUAUCCUUAAAGGAGGAACAGAGGUUGAGCAGGAGGAGGCUCUAGGAUGUAUCAGGGAACUCUCCUUUAACGACGAAAAUAAAAGCAUUCUCAACGCUGACGAAGGUGUCAUGGAUGUACUCAAGGAGAAGCUGAGCUCCGGUAACGCACAAAUCGCCAAGGCUGCCGAGUUCACUCGGUGGGGCCUGGCCACCAAGAAAGUUGCGGAAUCCAAUUUAAAGCGCAGACAAUCAGGAUUGUCGAUGAUCUCAAAACAACCCAAAUCGGGCCACGUGAUGUUGAGUUACUCCUGGUACAACCAAAAGACCGUGAUAGAGGUGUGUCACAUCAUCACUCACAUGUGUAUAAAUAUUAUAGGAUACGACUUUCGAGAAUUUUCAAACAACGUUAUUCCCCACGUCUAA